AUGGAAUCAGAGAAUCACAGAAUUUCAGAGUUGGAGAGAACUUCAAUGGCCAUUGAGCACCAUCCAUGCAGAAAAGGAAUACAUGUUACAACAUGCCCAGCAAUGACCAAUCUCUUUGUGAAGCUGGGGAACAAGGACAAAGGUUGGAAUGAACCUCCACAAUUCUCCUAUGGGUUGCAGGCCCAAGGUAGCAGUCAAAGGACACCACUCACCAAGCAGGAUGGGCCCCAGGAUGGGCCUCCAAAAGUGCCUGCCUCAGAGCCUGUCACUCGGGCUCCUCCUAUGGGACCACCACCUCUCCUGACAAAGGCUCCAGGGCCCCCUCUUGGAGGAAGCUCUUCUCCCUUGAGGUUGGAACCUUCCAGCUCCCCAGUCACUUGUGAAACUACGCUGGAAGAUGUACAGGGGCCCUGGGAACAGGCUUUGGAGCAUGGCCAGGCUCAUACACAGAAACAGGUCUGUGAUGACAUCAGCCAGUGCCUCGCCUUGCUUCAAGGACAGUGGAAGAGUGAGAAGCUGUCACUUCCUGUGAGGCGGAGGAUGGCACUCCUGGAGCAAGAGCUCCGCAACCACAACUGGGAUAGAGCUGAUGACAUACAGCAAUCACUGAUAUUGGAUCAUGUGACUGAGGCCAGUCAAUAGAUGGUGGGAGUGAAAAGGUUAAUUGCAGAAAGGAGGAACCUGCCUUCAGGGGAAGCUGCUAAGGAGAAGCCUAGUACUACAGAGGAGAAAGAGGAGUUCUCAUGCCUCUCUAUGACUUUGUGCCCCCCAGCCCCUUAUUUUCUUCCUUCCCCAUCAGUUCCUAUUUCCCCCACUGUCCUAGACCUUGACCUAUCUCUGAAUGGGACCUGGUGGGGUUUGGGGUCCAGAGAUAUAUGUUUGUUUGGCUUCCCUUGA